ACUAUGGAAAUAAUGUUAGACAAAAAGCAAAUUUGAGCAAUUUCCUUAUUCAAAUUCAAAGCAACGGAGACAACUCGCAACAUCAACAACUCGUUUGGCCCAGGAACUGCUAAUGAACAUACAGUGCAAUGGUGGUUCAAGAAGUUUCACAAAGGAGAUGAGAACCUUGAAGAUGAGGAGCAUAGUGGUCAGACAUCGGAAGUUGACAACAACCAAUGGAGAGCAAUCAUCAAAGUUGAUCCUCUCACAACUACACGAGAAGUUGCCGAAGAACUCAACAUUGACCAUUCUAUGGUCGUUUGGCAUUGGAAGCAAAUUGGCAAGGUGGACAAGCUCAACAAGUGGGUGCUUCAUGAGCUGACCAAAAAUCAAAAAAGUCAUCCUUUUGAAGUGUCAUCUUCUCUUAUUCUACACAAUAACGAACCAUUUCUCAAACGGAUUGUGAUGUGCAAUGAAAAGUGGAUUUUGUACAAAAACUGGCAAUGACCAGCUCAGUGGUUAGACCAAGAAGAACCUCUAAAGCAUUUCCCAAAGCCAAACUUGCACCAAAUAAAGGUCAUGGUCACUGUUUGGUGGUCUGCUGCUGGUCUGAUCCACUACAGCUUUCUGAAUCCCGGAAAAACCAUUCCAUCUGAGAAGGAUGCUCAGCAAAUCUAUGAGAUGCACUGAAAACUGCAACACCUGCAGCUGGCGUUAGUCAAGAGAAAGGGCCCAAUUCUUCUCCAUGACAACGCCUAACCCUAUGUCUCACAACCAACACUUCAAAAGUUGCACGUAUUGGUCUACGAAGUUUUGCCUCAUCUACCAUAUUCACCUGACCUCUCGACAACCGACUACCACUUCUUCAAGCAUCUUGACAACUUUUUGCAGGGGAAAUGCUUCCACAGCCAGCAGGAUGCAGAAAAUGCUUUCCAAGAGUUCGUUGAAUCCCGAAGCACAGACUUUUACGCUACAGGAAUAAACAAACUUGUUUCUUGUUGGCAAAACUGUGUCGAUUGUAAUGGUUCCUAUUUUGAUUGAUAAAGAUAUGUUUGAGCCUAGUUGUAAUGAUUUAAAAUUCAUGGUCCAAAACUGCAAUUACUUUUGUACCAACCUAAUAGAAUUCUUCUGAGAGGCAGCUAGUGACAAAACCAGUUCUCUGUUUUACUGGAGUUGUUUUGGAUGUAACACCAAUGUUGAGGGAGAUGGUGAGAUAUGCUGAGAAGAACCUGACAAACGUCGAGCAGAAUGGCACACAGCAUUUUAUGUACAAGGUUCUAAAUGGCUUCUAAGAAGUUGGGAUCCGACUCUCAUGGACCUUUCAGUUAUCUUGAUGAUGUCCCAUUUAAGAUAGGAGACAAAUUCAAAACCCCAGCGAAGGUUGGAUUACCCAUUGGUUUAUGCCUGACUGAUUCUUCUCAGCUUGUCAGAGAAGCCCAGUAUGACUUCUCACUGGAAAAGAAAACAAUCGUGUGGGCUGAAGAUAUCAAAAAAAUUGAAGCUGCCCAGGGAGAAGCUGAACUCAAGGCAAAAGUGCUAAUGAACUCAAAAACAGCUUCAGAGGACAGCAACAAAAUGGGGUUCUCAGAGGGACCUUGUCCUCAGGCCAUGCCUCCUCCUAUUAACCCCAUCCUCGUUAGCCUGCAGCACAAUAAUAUUCUUACUCCCAUGCCAGCCAACAGCAGUGCUGUGAAGCAAAAGGUUCUUAGUCCACCUAAUCCAAAAGCAGACUUCAACCCAGCUGAUUUUGAAUGUGAAGAAGACCCAUUUGACAAACUAGAAUUAAAAACAAUUGAUGAUAAGGAGGAAUUAAAAAAUAUUCUUGAAAUUCAUAUUGGUACUACUGGGCCUAUUGUUGCCCAGCUAUUGGAUAAUACUUUGCCCAAAGGAGUGUCUGAGUCUGUGUUGCAAGAUGAGGAAGUUCUGACAUCCAUAGAAAGGGCCACGUUGGACUUCAAGCCCCUUCACAAACCCAAUGGCUUUAUCACUUUACCGCAGCUGGGAAACUGUGAAAAUAUGUCUUUGUCUUCCAAAGUGUCCCUGUCCCCUGUCACUUCAGUGAGCAAUAUAAAAUCCCUGUCCUUUCCUAAACUUGACUCCGAUGAGAACAAUCAAAAAUCAUCAAAACUCAUGAACGCUUUCCAUAGCACUACCUGUCUCUGCAAUGGCACUUUGCUCAGCUCUUUGCAGACCUGUGCUCAGAGUAAAGCUAGUGAACUGAACAGACACGAUAUGGUUGGUCUUUCCACCCUAAAUGAGAACAGUGGCGUGGAGACAUCAACAUUAUCUGCUUCAUCCAGGCUGCCUUCCCUGGCUGUGUCAACAGUUUGUACAGAACAACAAUCAUCUCAAAGCACAGUGACUACGGUACACUCAGACUACAAGGAAACAGAAAUUCCUGUGGUAAUGCACCCAAAUUUCCCAGUGUCUGAAGUGCCCAAUAACACCAGCUGCACAGAGCAGUCAGGUGGCCCCACUCCUGAACAACAGCAGGUCCUCUCCAUUAGUGAGAAACAGUGGAUAGAGACAGUCGUCAACAUGGGGUACUCACCUGAGAACGUCUUGAAAGCCAUGAGGAAGAAGGGACAGAACAUAGACCAGGUUUUGGAUUACCUGUUUGCUCAUGGACAGCUUUGUGAGAAGGGCUUUGAUCCACUUCUUGUUGAAGCAGCUUUGGAAAUGCACCAGUGUCCAGAGGAGAAGAUCACAGAACUUCUCCAACUAAUGAGUCAAUUUAAAGAAAUGGGCUUUGAACUGAAAGACAUUAAGGAAGUCUUAUUAUUACAUAAAAAUGACCAACACAAUGCUUUGGAAGAUCUAAUGACCCGUGCAGGAGCCAGCUGAAAAUACAUUCCUGGAUUCUUGGCAUGCAGUGGAGCAGGACCAGCCCCAGCACCUUCACAUCCAGCGUGACUUGCUCUCAGCAGGAAGGAGUCCAGCUUUUCACAUACAAGGGAGAAUGACUGAGGAAGCCCGCCCAUGUGCACCACUCUAGCAUUUUUCUUUCCACUGAGAGCCAACUUUCUUAAAUUAACUUAGGAAACGACACUUAAUUUAAUUUAAUUUUCCUUUUUCCAGCUUGGCCAUGGAGAGUUUAGACUGCCCAGCCUCUACUAGAAUUCUACAUAGGUAGAGACAGGAGUGUUUUCUCCCCCUCGCUGUUGCACUGGAGUUGGACAGGAGAAUACUAAGUUGGUUCUGAAACUAGGAUGCUUGGGUUCUUUGAAGCUAUUUUCAUGGUGUCUGCUUGUACUGAAUUACUUGACUUUGUCAUAGUCCAGAUUAACUGGUUAAAUUUGACCUUUAGUGCAAUGGAGUUUUAUUUUUUGGUUGAAAGUUAGUCUGUAACUUAGUAAAACACUGGUUCAGAAACUGUUGCUAUGCAUAAAGAGAGAAGCUGUUUCUCUUGUGGGUUUUUUUGGUGGUUUUUGUUUUUUUGGGUUUUUUUUGUUUGGUUGAGGGUUUUUUUUGUUUGUGGUUUUGGUGGUUGGUUGGUUGGUUGUUGUUGUUUGGGGUUUUGUGUGUGGGUUGUUUUGUUUGUUUGGGUUUUGUUUGUGUGGUGUUGUUUUUUUUUUACCCAUGCAUCCAACAGUUCUGCCAGACAUGAGUAUCCAAUGCUGAGUGGUAUGUAAGUUUUCUUGAAACAGGUAAGCUGUGAACUCUACCUGGACCUGCAACUUGUGUUGGUUCUUGAACCUGAAGGCAGAGAGCUGGGACUCAGUAUUCUUAAUCCCCUAGGUUUGUAGAAUAUUAUAAGACAAUGCCCUGCUAGGAAAUCAGUUAUCUUUUUGUUUUAAAUAAUACUCAGUGUGAUGCAGGAGGUUUCUUUCAAGCACUUUCUUUAAAACAAAUAUAUUCACUGCAUUAGUUCAAUUUCUCACACUGCUAUAGAAUUACAUAAUAACAUCUAGUACUAGAAAUCAGGUUUGGGGUUGGUUUUGAUAUUUCAAAGUAUUACUUUGUACAUUGUUCAAGUUCUAAAUACAUUAAAUAUCAGCAGUCUUGAGGAAUCUUUAAUUUGCUAAAUAUUUUGGUUCUGCAGAAGAACAACUAAUAAACCCCUUAAAUAUAA